ACUCUCCCCGUACCUGUUAUUACGAGGACAGAAAAUUGAAAACGAAACUAGAGCAACAUAGAUAAAGAUUAAUAAACAUGGCUGAGGGCAGUAAUUUGGCUUCAAUAAAAGAUGGCUCGGAUGCUGAUUUUGAGUACACUUGUACUCCAUGUGGGGAUGAUGAUAUCCGAGAAGAGGCUGUAAAGUUUUGCCCUGUAUGUGACGAAUAUCUGUGUAUAUCAUGUACACGACAACAUGGUCGGCGUAAAGCUUUACGGUCACAUACGUUACAAGAUUGUGAUGCUUCAACAAAAGGGUCAACGGUAACCAUGGUUACCAAGUGUCGUUACCAUCCAGAUCGUGACAUUGAAAUGUACUGUGGAGAACAUGAUAUGGUGUAUUGCACGAAAUGUAUUGCCACAAAUCACAGAGCUUGCAGUGGAAUACUUAAUUUAGAAGACGUUGAUAUUUCUUCAAAUCAGCAAAAUGACAUUCAGCGUUUAAGUUCAGAUAUGGUUAACAUUCAAAAGCGUUUAGAAGACACUGAACAGAAGAUGCAGACGAACAACAAUAGCAUUGAGAAGCAAAGAAGUGACGUAAUUUCACAGGUAGAGGCAAUUGAACGGGACUUGGUAGAACAUAUUCAGAAAUUGAAGCAUGAAGCAUUGGAAGCUCUGGAGACAGAAUAUUCUUUGGUUAAAGAGGAUCUGGAGGCAAAUAUCUCUCAGAUAAGUAAAGUUAAACAAGAAAUUGAGAAAACAAGAAGCCAGCUACAGACAGCCCAUAAUCUUAAUGCGAGAGAACAAUUUGUUCAGACAAAACUGAUACAACAGACUGUAAACGAUGCAAUGAAAGUGUUUGAACAAAGCGAGGAUAAAGGUCGUGUGUGUUUACGUUUUACAGAGAAUUCAGAAUUAAAGUCCUCAAUUAGAACGUCAACAUGUCUAGGGCGUGUACAGAAAGUAACAGAGAAGAACAGUCUAUUGACAUCAAAAGUAUAUAAAGUAAGUUCACGGAAGGAGAUUAAUAUCAAGAUGACUAAUGACAGUGAUCAAUGCUACAUUUAUGAUAUAUGUCAGCUUGUAGACGGUACAAUCAUACUGGCUGACUUUUCUAAUGACAGGAUAAAGAGACUUGAUGUGAAUUAUAACAUUAAAGAUUGUUUGGAUCUAGAAACAGGUCCUAAAGGUAUCUGUUGUACCGGUAAUACUGAGGUCGCUGUGAAACUGGAAAACAACAAAGUUUGGUUUAUAUCAGUAGGAAGCUCGUUAUCUAAGGUGAGAGAUAUAUCUGUUACAGGUGGAAAUUACAACGGAAUGACAUAUUGUGAUGGAGAGUUGUGGGUAUCUGAUGUAAAUGUUGUAAAUGUAUACAGUAUGACUGGAACAUUGGUAAAGACUAUCAGUAAUGAGGUUAAUGGCCAACGCAUAUUUAAAUCAACUCCACAACAAAUGGCUGUCAGUGUAGAUACUGUUAUUGUAACAGAUUAUAGUGACGGUGCCGUCUGUCUGAACAGAGAUGGUACGGUGAAGAGAGAACUGAGAGAUAAAAGGCUUGCCACCACACGUGGUGUAUGUGUAGCCAAUGACGGGACCGUGUUUAUUUCUGGUUAUAAUUCACACAACAUCAUGAUGUUUGAUAGAGAUGGUAAAUGUCUGGGCGAAUUAGUUGAUAAUAAAGGUGGUCUUAAGAAUCCAUUGGCUAUGUGCUAUGACAAAAAGAAAAACUGUGUAUUAGUUGCUUCCCUUUCAUCAGACAAAUUAGUUGUUUUGAAUAUCUCUCAUUAAACAAAGAAAAUAGAAAGAAUUUAGCAAUACUCAUUUCUGCAGGAAAUUUAUGUUUUUUAUCAUAUUAGCUAAUGGAGUAUGAUGAAACAACAGUGUAUAUCAGUUUAUAAUGAAUCAUAUAUCUAAGAAAUAUCAGUCCGGCAAAAAAUGUAAUGAUUUCUAUAUUGUAUAACUUGCUUAAUACAUCAAUAUAUAAAGACACAAGUUUUGUACACAAUUUAACAUAAAUAUAAUAGAGAAAAUGUAUAAGCGAUAUUCAAUUGUUUUAACGACUGAGGAAUUGUUAGUGAUAAAUAGAAAAAUAUGCCAAGGUACUUGUAACAUGUCACCUUUUUAAAACAAUAGAUAUGCAUUAUAACUUUUCUAAUUAUAUAGCAGACAUAUUUUCAUUGUAGCUUUUUAGGUGAAUUGUUUUUAUAGCCGACAAGCCUCUUAUUAAUCAGAAAUAUAUUCUGUAUAUUGUAUUACGAAAUGCUGAUUUAUACAUAAUUAUUUGUAUAUACAUGAGGCUGAAAUAAAUAUAUAUGAAAAUAA